CCCGUCCUCACUUCUCGUUCUUCAUUGCAGCUUUCGUGCCUUUACCCACCGCCAACACACAAGAUGCAGCUCGUCUAUCUCGUAGUCAUGCUUGGUGCGCUGGUAGCAGCCGGCUCAACCGACCCGCAUGACCAGCAAGCAGACCACUCGCUGGUCCCUAACUCUGGUUACUUGCCGGAGACCAUGGACUUGCCCUGCACCGAGGAGCCUAACAUCCCUGGACCCAGGGUACAGACCGGAAAGCGAUCGCUUCUUAGUGUGAACCGGAAAAGGGAUCCCCAGGUUAUCAAACGCGACCCCGAGACCCUCUACAUCUACUCCGCGCAACGCUGGCUCUGGAAUGAAACCCAGCAGCUGCAGCGCAGAUAUCGUGCGUUUGACCUCCCUGCUCUGAUCCACAUCGCCGAGCAAGCCGCCGGCAACAAUGCCGAGUGCGCCACCAUCUCCAAACUCCCCGAAGGGAACUUCAACAAGGCACUCUUAGUGACCAUGCGGGAUGAUCGGCAGCUCGUGGUCAAGAUCCCCAAUCCGAACGCCGGACCGGCCCACUAUACCACCGCAUCGGAAGUAGCUACGAUGCGAUAUGCAAGAGAAAACCUCCACCUUCCCGUCCCGCAAGUCCUAGCGUAUUGCUCCCGGGCCGGCGACAGCCAGCUAGACGCGGAGUACAUCGUGAUGGAGAAAGCCCGCGGGAUCGAGCUGAGCCGCGUGUGGGAGACUCUCAAGCCGCGCGAGAAACUGUCUAUCGUCCAGCAACUCGGCUCAAUCACUUCUCGACUUUCUUCGGGGAGGUUUCCAGCCCACGGCUCGUUGUACCUGCGCGAGGACGUCGCCGAGUCCGAGGCUCUCGCCCGAGCGGAGGUGGACAUCCAUAGAGGCCCCUGGCCGAGCACGAAGGACACCAUCCACGCCCUAAUCCAGCGCGAACAAGCCUGCAUCCACCAUCUCCCCAGUUUUCCUCGAGACCACCAUCAGGGCAUCUUCAACGGACCUGGUGGAUAUCACCCCACAAAGCAAACCAAGUUAUCCGUUCUACAAGACUUGCUAAGUAUAUAUCACCACCUCCUUCCUAAAGAUGAAGCCCUCAACCAGGGCAUACUCUGGCACAACGACCUCCAUCUGGAUAACAUCUUCGUGAGCCACGACCAUCCCACCGAGAUCACCGGCAUCAUCGACUGGCAAGCGGUCCCCAUCUAUCCGAUGUUCCUGAUCGCCCAUCACCCGUCCCUCAUCGAGUAUGACGGGCUGAAGCCUGAGCGGUUUGUUCAGCCUCGGCUCCCGGAGAAUAUUCACGACCUGAGUCCCGCGGACAAGAAGGCCGCUGGUGAGAUGUAUCUCGCGCAAACCCUCUGGCUUUACUACGAGACGCAGAUUUACAAGGAAGCGCCGGACUUGUUGCAUGCAUUUAAGUACUGCGAGACUGUGCAGUCGGAUCUACUAGGUCUGGUGGGAUCGAUCUUCGACGAUGGAGAGCCACAUGUCCAGAAGCUUCUUGCCACCGUAGCCACGGACGAGGUCUGGAAACAGCUUGUUGGGAUGGAUGAUCGUGGAGAUCCAGUGAUGGCGUGUCCCUUGAAGUACAACGAGCAGGACUUGGUGAGGCAAGCUGAAGAGUACGCCAGAUGGGAGGGAGAUGUUGAGAGGAAAGCCCGGGUGAUCGAGGAAUUAGGGGUGUAUCCCGGGUGGGAUGGAGCUGUUCCACCUGAUGACUAUGAUGAGAUGGCGAGAAGAUUGGAAGUGGCCAAGAAGAGGUUCUUGGAUCGGGAAUCGAGGACCCCUGAGGAACGGAGAGUGUGGAAGAAAGCAUGGCCGUUUGAGGAUAAGGCUGAGUGAUAAAAGUCUGUCUGAGUUGAG